AAGCUGCCUUCAGUGCCUUACCAACGAGAACGUUACGAGAACGGUACUUCUCCCUCCCCGGGAUAAAUAAGCGUGGCGUGACAGCGGGAGCAGUUUACAGUCAGUUCAAACAGCGGUUUGUUCGUGAAGUACUCGUAUCAAAAGCAGUGAGAAGUGCAGCGCGCCGCACAGCAUGAUGGCAACUCUUUCACAGACCAAGGAACUAUUCCGCAGAGCAGACGCGGUGUGUUUUGAUGUGGACAGCACAGUCAUCAAAGAAGAAGGCAUCGAUGAACUUGCCAAAUUCUGCGGUGUUGGGGAUGCAGUCACUGAAAUGACUCGAAAAGCUAUGGGCGGCUCAAUGACGUUUAAGAAAGCGCUGAAUGAGCGUCUUUCCAUCAUCCGAUGUUCCAGGGAACAAGUGAACAAACUGAUCACAGAUCACCCACCUCAGCUGACUCCAGGUAUCCGGGAGCUCGUGGACCGCCUGCACCAGCGAAACAUCAAGGUGUUCCUCAUCUCGGGCGGUUUCAGCUGCAUCGUUGAGCACGUGGCCACUCAGCUCGACAUUCCUCUGCCCCAUGUUUACGCCAACCGCCUCAAGUUCUACUUCAACGGAGAGUAUGCAGGGUUUGAUGAGAGCCAGCCCACAGCAGAGACCGGUGGUAAAGGAAAAGUCAUCAAUAUGUUAAAGGAGCAACAUGGCUUCAAGAACGUGGUGAUGAUCGGAGACGGAGCGACUGAUCUAGAGGCGUUCCCUCCGGCUAGUGCCUUCAUCGGAUUCGGUGGGAAUGUCGUCAGGCAGCAAGUGAAGGAGAAGUCUUUGUGGUACGUCACAAGUUUUGGGGAAUUGCUAAAGGAACUGGAAAAUAUUUAAUGUAUUAAAAGAGUACAGUCACUCACUUUUAACAUUUUAUAUCUAUGGUUGUGACUGAUUCCUUCAUUCGCCCUCCUUCAAUAGUUUUUUCUUUUUAAUAUAAUGAAUGAAAAUGUUUACAUUAGACAAAUCUUACCUUCUUGACAAUGUUGCUCUAUUGACUUUUAUACUAAAAGAUACUAAAAUAACAGUGUUAUGAAGUUUUAAAAGAGCCUUUUAGUGUUUUUGCACUUUGUGAAUUCAAAGCGUUUAGCUAAGCUAAUACAACAGAUGCAUAUUAUCAUGCAAUGAGCAAUAGAAAUGUUUGAUUUCUAUUUGUAACCAGACAUGUCAAUGUUCAGUCCUGUAACGAACAUCUACAUUAAACACAACACAGGAUGUCA